AUGAAGUCUAGUAAGCAAUUGGUUCAGGACGCUAAGGAUUAUCGCUUCAAUCCGGCGAUACCAUUGAGAAUUUACCUGAAAACAUGCAUCGGCAUAUUGGAAAAGGCACAGUGUGCGUUCCAGGCCAACGACUUGUCGCUGUCGUUUAUUUAUUAUUUUAGAUAUGUGGAUUUAUUGACUAACAAACUAUCUAGACACCCUGAGCUUUUGCGCAUGGAUGCGUCGUCGUCAUCGUCGUCAUCGUAUAUUCAUAAAAGAGAAUACCUGCAACUCAUAAAGUUGGAAGUGCCUGCGGUCUGCAAAAUUAUUGAAAGCUUACGCACCCAAAUUGAUUCUCAAUACAGCAAAUUGCAAACAUCACUCGCUAAUAAUAUAGCCAAGCCGAACAUAAACGCAAACACAACUCCCGUGCAGGUGGAGCAACAACCACUGCCGAAGAAAUCUUUCGACGAGUAUAGCUUCAACCAAUCAAUUUCUUUUUUCCAGAAAAUUUCAAACGCACAACUUAAUACCGGAGCAAGCUCUCAGAGUCAGGCCACUGCCCGUGAUGAAGCCUACAGACUGAAUUAUCCGGAGCUACCACGCCUUACAUUCUCCACAUAG